GGAAGAAUCCCUUAUCCCCUCCUCACCCAAUCACAACUCUCCUCACCUCACCCCACAAAUCCCAUCCUCCUCUAAUACCCUCCACUCGCCACCCACGUCCUCCACACUCCCUCCACCAUGGCCUCCGCUACAUCAACCACAGUCUUCUCCUCUCCCCAUCGCUCCUCGUUCCUCUCCCAAACACCAAUCACCACCCCCAAAUCCUCCCGUCUCUCCUUCACCGCCAAGCGCCGCUCGCCAAUAAGCAUAAAAGCCGAGCUCAACCCUCAGUUGGUGAUCAGCUUAAGCACUGGUCUUUCCCUCUUUCUUGGCCGGUUCGUAUUCUUUAAUUUUCAGAGAGAGAACGUGGCGAAGCAGGGCUUGCCGGAACAGAACGGUCUUUCGCAUUUCGAGGCGGGAGAUACGCGAGCGCGCGAGUAUGCCAAUUUGCUCAAAUCGAACGAUCCUGUUGGGUUUAAUAUUGUUGAUGUGCUUGCCUGGGGCUCUCUCGGGCAUAUCGUUGCGUAUUAUAUACUAGCGACUUCUUCGAAUGGGUAUGAUCCCAGCUUCUUUGGCGGGCAAUGAUUUAAGGACUGUAGUGAGAUCUCUACUGUAUGUGUUUUGUUUUGGUUGUGCCUGUGUGAUAUUUUGUUAUGGGGCUUAUAGAAGAAGGAUUGAUGGAUUAGGGGGAUUUUGGUGGUGAUGGAAGGUUGGAUUUAAUCUUCUGUUUGUAAUUUCGUUUUUUAAGUAUGAAACAGAGUUUUUGAACUUAA